AGGGCCACACCGAACACGCAAACGCACGCAAACAAAACGGUCCCUGCAAGAAGUGGUUAAUUCCUGUUGGUUCCUGUUUUUAUUCUGGUUCUGUUACUUCUGUUGCAAAAUGCUGUGAUGACUGCAAAUAUUUUAUUUAUGCAACUACAUAAUUGAAAAUUCUGCUCCAUAUAAAUCACCAACGCGUGUUCAGACAAUGUCUAAAACUACAAAUUAAAGAAGCAAGGAAAUUAAGUUUUUAUCAUGCCUCGCACAAAUCAACCAGAUUUAACUGAGAGCGAGCUGAAGACGUUGGUGACAGCAAUUAUCCAGAGAAAAGCUCAUGACAAAAUAAAAAACCUGGAGUUUUACAAGAGUCUUGUUAAUGACUUUGUGUUGAAUGGACGAUCAGCUUCUUUGAUGAAAGCGGCUAUGUAUGAACAAGUAGCUCCCAACUUUGAAAAGUACUGCAAUAGAUAUGAUGCUAAUCUCUUCAAACAAAGAUUCUACAAGGAAUCGGUUCCAGUCUCAUCAAAAGUGAACCGUGCAAAAAUAUUAGAGGAAUUGGACUCUUCUUCAGAUAGUGAAUAUGAGCUUCAUUUGACACAUGGUCGAACUAAAUCCAACAGGGCUUUGCGUCCGAGGAAUGAAAAGCAUCAAGAUAAGGAAGACAAAGAUGCAGAUGCAAUUCAAAUGAGGAGCCCUCAGUCUAAAAGGAAGAUGGAAUGUCAUUCUGAGGACAACCAUUUGAGACGCACAAAGGUUUCCAGAACUGAUGAAUCAAAGAUUGAUGGCCCCAAACAAUCAUUUCUAGUGCCUCGAGAAAAGACAAAGACAAUUUCUUCACAUUCUUCCUUUGAUGAAACAGCCACUGUUGUUUCAGAAUCUGGAUCUGCUGUUUAUGAUUUGCUCACUGGGAAACAAAAGGCUAAAGUUAGUGAAGAGUUGUUGAAUUGCUUGGGCUUAAUAGAAAGUCCAAAAGCAACCUCUCGCAAGCAACCUGUCCCUGAUAAGCUCUCAAUGGAAUCUUCUGUCGUUGUUGAGGACAUAAUGAAGACUAAACCACAACCCUCUCACUCCACUGAUGUCAACAGCCCAAAGACCAGGAAGAAACACACUCAGAUGAUACCUUCUGAUAGUGAGGACGAAGAUGCUGAGAAGCAAAAUACCAAAAAUAAGGCAGCCCGAAAUGUAAAAUGGAAUGAUAAUUAUGAUGAAUUUGAUUCACAAAAUGCACCUCCUGAGAGCAUCGGUGACCUUUUGAUUGGCAAGAAGCACUGCAAAGCUGUUAGCUUGGUUGAAAACCUGUUCAAAGGUGGAAAAAUUGCACAGUCCCAGAAUCUAACCGUAGCUACUGUAGCUGAGCAAGAGAAAGAUUCAGACGAGGUAUCGAUCUUCACUACUGCAAAUAUUAUGACUGGAAAAGAACACCAGGUACAGGAGCAAGUAGCUGCCGACUUACUGAAAAUAAUCCUAGAUCAACCUGAAAAACCGCCUACUCCAAGACUUGAAGAAGACGGAAAUGAAACUGAGGAAGAAUUUGAGGCUGAAGAGUUGGAGAUGGUUGUUGACACUGAAAAGAGGGUAAAAGACCCAAAGAAACAGCCACCUGCCUCCGAGGAAAAGAAUGAAUCCCAAAACGCCGAGAAAAACGAGGAGAGAGACAAAAAUGCCAGUGGAAGCAGCAAGACUGUCCCUAGAAGUGCCAAGGAAGCUGAAGACAAAGCACCAAGACUUAUGGUUGCAGUCGGUCAGGAUAUCAGGGGAAACAAGUGCUACUUCAGAUUAGUGCCUAUGUCUGUGGAAGAGGUUAUGGCCAUUGAGGGAACAUGCAUCCCAUAUCAACUCCAUUAAUGUUUUGCUGGAAAAGUACAAAAAUGAAAUUACUGCAACUAAAAAGUGACCAUUGUUUUAAAAUUCAGCCACAUUCAAAUAUUUUAACAAACUAAAGCAUUGAGAAAACUCUGUUGCACUCUGUCGAUAAGCAUUUUAAUAAAGAAAAUAAAUUAUUAUAAAUUUUCUGAAUUGA